AUAAUUUCCUCCUGUACUUGGGAUGAAAAACUCGACGCCACGUUCUUCUUCUUCUUCAUUCUCUCACUCUACAGUAUUAACGUCCAAAUAUGGAGGUCGCUUCCUUUUCAACAUCCUCACAAGGGUUUUGGUCUUCUUCUUCCUCAUCAGAGCUUUUUCUGCUAAGAAAGGUGAAGGUUCCAAUAACGUAUAGAUGUUCCGUGCUCAAUUCACCAACUAGACGAAGUGUGCAACCUUUGUUUGGUGGGACUAGGUCUCAAUUUGGAAGGGAAAGCUGUUUGAAGGUUUCAUGUAGUCAAAAGGGAGAAAUCCCUGUCGUGGAUGGCAGGUGUAUGGAUGAGAUAUAUGAUACUUUGGCUGAACGUCUUCUUCCUACUGCAGCAGUAGCAUCAAAUCCUAAUUUAAAGCGUAUUGUGGGUUUAGCUGGUCCUCCUGGUGCUGGAAAGAGCACUCUAGCAUCUGAAGUAGCUUGGCGUGUCAACAAGUUAUGGCCACAAAAAGCUUCAUCAUUUGAUUCUCAAGUUGGGCCUCCAGAUGUUGCUGCAGUUCUUCCCAUGGAUGGGUUCCAUCUUUAUCGUCAUCAGCUGGAUGCAAUGGAGGAUCCAGAGGAAGCCCACGCAAGAAGGGGAGCUCCAUGGACAUUUGAUCCCACUCGACUGCUGACAUGUCUGAAGAGACUGCGGCAUGAGGGGUCAGUUUAUGCACCAUCGUUUGAUCAUGGUGUUGGAGAUCCAGUUGAAGAUGAUAUAUUUAUCAGCCUCCAGCACAAAGUAGUGAUAGUAGAAGGAAAUUAUUUACUCUUGCAAGAAGGGGAUUGGAAGGAGGUAUCAUCUAUGUUUGAUGAGAAAUGGUUCAUUGAGGUUGACAUCAAUACAUCUAUGGAGCGAGUUGUAAAAAGACAUGUUUCAACAGGAAAGCCCCCAGAUAUUGCUAAAUGGCGGAUAGAAUACAAUGAUCGGCCCAAUGCAGAGCUCAUAAUCAAGUCAAAGAGAAAUGCUGACCUAGUAAUAAGGUCAGUGAAUUUCUGAAACCUGUUGGUGAAUCCUUCCUGUGUCUAGGAGAGAAUGAAUGUCAUGAGGUCAGUUGAACCCAAUGCCAAAUAAAAUUGAUACCCACUGUAUAGAAAUAAUGAAAAACAAAUUGAGGGAGCUAAUAAUUUUUUCUUUAUGUGAACUUAGGAUAUAUGUGUAUAUAUGUCAAAUUUAUUUAUUGGGGGUUUGCUUUUUAUUCAAUGGAAAACAGUCCCAUAGAGGAAAAUUUUUAA